GAGGAGGAAGAUCAGCCAUGUGAACGAGAGAGUGAAUAAUAAGGCAGCAACUAGAAUAGGAACGGGGAGAAGGGGGAAGGUCAAUGGUGGCAGCAUCGUGGAAAGGACGAGUCAACGGAAGAGAGAGAAAGAAAAAUUGGUAUUUAAUGGUGUCUUCUGGGAGUUUUAGGUAACAAAGCAUUUCCUGUAACCGCCGAUUAAAAAUAAAAAAUUAGUGUGAUUUUAGAUGAAUGGUACUUCGAUAUUAGGUAAAAGAUUUCACCGUCGUACAAUCACAGUGGAUCGAAAGCCAAUUUUCCACGCGCCUGAUUUGGUAGGCAAAAUAACAUAAUAAAGCCUUUAUAAUCUGUAAUAAAUUAAAAGCAAGAAAAUAAAUUAUGUUCUACAUUUUAUGGGGAAAAACCGAGCACAAGCAAGCAAGGUAGGGCAACGGUGACCAGUGUGUUUGCUUGUACUUCACUGUAUGUUUCUCAAACUCAAAAAAAUGGUGGAUUGUUGAAUUUUGAAUGCGUUGCCAACAUUAGUUCAUUCGAUUGCUGUCUGCGCUUCAGUCCACUAUGGCAAGGCUCAGUGUUAUCAACACAAUCUGCAGGGGCCUCUCUUCAUUCCCGGGUAAAGUGUCCCGAGGGCAAGGACCCUCCCAGUACCCGCCUCUCUCCGAUCAGCUUUUCAACUCCACUCCCCAAUCCGGUUCUUUUAGAUUAGGCGAUUCCACUUUCUAUUCCCUCAUUCGCCACUAUGCCCAUACUGCUGAUUUUGCUUCUUUAGACAAUGUUUUAUGUCGGAUGAAGCUCCAAAACCGAGUUUUUAUUGAGAAGUGUUUUCUAGUCAUCUUCAAGGCUUAUGGGAGAGCCCAUUUACCCGAUAAAGCUGUGGAUUUGUUCCAUAGGAUGUCCCUUGAUUUUCAUUGCAUACCCACUGUUAAGUCCUUUAAUUCUGUUCUCAACGUCAUUAUACGAGAGGGCUUUUAUCAUCGAGCCUUGGACUUUUAUAAUCGUUCCGUUAAUGCCAAGAACACCAAUAUUUCUCCAAAUGUGCUCACUUUCAACCUGCUUCUUAAAGCCUUGUGUAAGUUGGGAUGGGUCGAUCGUGCAGUCGAGGUGUUCAGAGAAAUGCCUCUGAGGAAAUGUCCGCCCGAUGUCUAUACUUACUGUACAUUGAUGGAUGGAUUAUGCAAGGAGGAUAGGAUUGAUGAGGCUGUUUCCUUGUUGGACGAGAUGCAAACCGAGGGUUGCUUCCCUUCUCCUGUUAUCUUUAAUGUAUUGAUUAAUGGGUUAUGCAAAAAGGGUGACUUGGUUCGCGCUGCCAAGCUAGUGGACAAUAUGUUUCUCAAAGGUUGUUGUCCUAACCAGGUCACUUAUAACACACUCAUUCAUGGUUUGUGUAUGAAGGGGAAGUUGGAUAAGGCAGUUAGUCUUUUGGAUCGCAUGGUGUCCAGUAAUUGUAUUCCUAAUGACGUCACAUAUGGAACCAUCAUUAAUGGGCUUGUUAAGCUAGGGAGAGCGGAGGAUGCAUUUAAGCUAAUGACUACUGUGCAGGAAAGAGGGUAUGGAGUGAAUGAAUAUGUUUACUCAGCCCUUAUUAGUGGGUUGUUCAAGGGUGGCAAGUCCGAGGAUGCAAGGAAACUAUGGACUCAAAUGAUGGAAAAAGGAUGUAAACCAAACACUGUUGUUUAUAGUGCUUUUAUAGAUGGUUUGUGUCGUGAAGGAAAGCCAAAUGAAGCCGAGGAAGUUCUAUCUGAAAUGAUGGACAAGGGUUGCACCCCUAAUGCUUAUACAUAUAGCUCCCUGAUGAAGGGUUUCUUCAAGGCGGGCAAUAGCUAUAAGGCAGUCCAGCUAUGGAAAGACAUGGCAGAACAUGAAUGUAUUCACAACAAGGUUUAUUACAGCAUACUGAUCCAUGGCCUUUGUGAGGUUGGUAAUCUCAGCAAAGCUAUGAUGGUCUGGAGAGAGAUGUUAGAAAAAGGUUGUAAACCUGAUGCAGUGGCUUACAGUUCAGUGAUUCAGGGCCUCUGCAAUGCUGGCUCAAUAGAAGAAGCUUUGAAACUUUUUCAUGAGAUGCUUUGUCAAGAGACUGAAUCCCAACCAGAUGCGGUCACCUAUAAUAUACUUUUUAAUGCUUUAUGCAACCAAAAUAGCAUUUCUCAUGCCAUUGAUCUCUUAAACGGCAUGCUGGAUAGGGCCUGUGAUCCUGACAUAGCCACAUGCAAUAUAUUUUUGAGAACACUGAGAGAGAAGCUAGACCCUCCUCAAGAUGGAAGGGAGUUUUUAGAUGAGCUUGUCAUCCGGUUAUUAAACAGGCAAAGAGUUUUUGGUGCUUCCAGAAUUGUGCAAGUGAUGCUACAGAAUUUUUUGCCACCAAAAGCAUCAACUUGGGAAAGAGUUGUCCAAGAGCUCUGUAAACCUCAAAAAGUUCAAGCUGCCAUUGCAAAGUGUUGGAGAAACCUAGACUCUUAAUUCUUUUGUUUGUGAUUUUGUAAAUCCAUAAGUGGCUAAUUCUGAAAGAUUUCUUCAUCCUUGAGCAGAAUAGUUUCUUUUCUCAUCAUAGUUACAUUGAGAAAUAAUAUCCUCAAGGAUGGAUCUGCAGGAUUUUAUUGGAGAUACAAGUCAAUCUGUUAACUGCAAAAUAUUUCUUCUUGACAUGCUUUUACAACUCUCUUUUAAACUUCAUUUCAUGUUC